AUGUCGAACGUCGGUGCAAGGGCUACUUCGUCCGCAGUAGCGUCCACCUCGAAAUUCGCACACCUCCCAGGCUGGGCAUUCCUUGCGCGCUACUCUCGCUCGCAUCGCAAGUCGACAUUCCUCAUCGGCGUCUUUACGGGACUCGUUCUCGGUCUUGGUUCGAUCACCUCCGUGUUCUUCCUAGCGGAACGACGUGAGCGCAGACGAAGGCGCAGAAAGUUGCACGCUUACGGACUCGACGACGAGGAUGAAGAGGAACGCAGACGGCGCGAGCUUCGGGGACGCGACCCCAUCCAGAUUCGCUCCGGCCAGGUCGUCAGCGGUGUAGAGGGAUUGAUCGGCAACACCCCGCUCAUGCGCAUCAACAGUCUUUCCGAUGCAACCGGAUGCGAGAUUCUUGGCAAAGCCGAAUUCCUCAACCCCGCCGGUUCGCCAAAGGACCGAGUGGCACUGCAAAUCCUUAGGGACGCUGAAGAAGAAGGACUGCUCUACCCGCACACGGGUAGCUGCAUCUUUGAAGGCACUGUCGGCAGUACAGGUAUCUCUCUCGCCACGUUGGCACGAGCAAAAGGCUAUCGCUGUUCGAUCGUCAUCCCAGACGAUGUGGCGCGCGAGAAAGUGGAGCUUCUCGAGAAGCUGGGUGCAGAGAUCCAAUCGGUUCGUCCACGCGGUAUCGUCGAUCCUCGACACUUUGUCAACGAGGCGCGUGCACGCGCAGAAGCUUUCGGCGAAAUCGAACUCAUCGGUCCACACCCCACUGGUUUCGGCACUUCAGGAUAUGCUGGUUCGGACGGAGGGCAGGGAGAAGAGUACGUACAUCGCGACGAUCUUGUCGUAUCCUCCAAACGCUCCUCUUCGCGCGAUGCCGAGGAAGGUGAGGUUGUCAAUGAGAACCAAGCACGCGGAUUCUUCGCAGAUCAGUUCGAAAACCCAUCCAACUUUUGGGCGCACUACAACGGCACGGGGCCCGAGAUCUGGCGCCAAACCGGUGGGUUGAUCGACGCCUUUGUAGCAGGUGCUGGCACGGGCGGGACGCUUUCUGGAUGUGCUGCGUACCUAAAACGCGUCUCGUGCGAUCCAGACGAGUCCAAGCAAGGGGGCGGGUUCAUCCGCAGACCCGGAUCGGCGCAGGAAGUCAAAGUGGUGCUUGCAGAUCCGCAGGGCAGUGGGCUGUACAACAAAGUCAAAUACGGUGUGAUGUACAGUGCUACCGAAGCAGAGGGUAAGCGAAGAAGGCAUCAGGUGGACUCGGUAGUGGAAGGGGUCGGCAUCAAUCGUAUCACGAGGAAUCUGCAGAUGGGGUUGCAGUGCAUUGACGAUGCUGAACGCGUGACGGACGACGAAGCGGCGCGCAUGGGCAGGUAUCUGAUUCUCAACGAUGGCCUGUUCCUUGGCUCUUCGUCGGCCGUAAAUUGCGUUGCUGCUGUUCGAACUGCGCUCAAGCUCAAACGUGAACGCGGUGGCGAUCCGCCCCCUGUGGUGGUGACGGUGCUCUGCGAUUCGGGGUCGCGCCACCUGUCCAAGUUCCACAACAACGACGCACUCAUCCGGCUCGGUGUCUCGGAUGCAGGUAACAGCGACAUCUCUGAUAUUUUGAGCACAGUGGACUGA